UUAAAGUCCUUAGAAGUGCACAAUUAACAAUUGCAACUCUCUUCCGUAUAAGGAAACUUGCUUCUUUGAAAAACAAUUCCAAUGGGCUUCAAUCGUUUGAUUUUACCGAUGCUCAUGCAUUUGGUAAUUGCCUUGAUGCUCUCUUCCGCUUCAACUUUGACAUCCCCAACAUUUUCUAUAGCAAGGCCUGGCUGCCAAGAUCAUUGUGGAAAUGUAAGCAUUCCAUUUCCAUUCGGUAUUACAGAAGGUUGUUACCUUAACAAAAAAUUCUUUAUCAACUGCAUCAACUCUUCAACCUCUGUCCCUCAACCAGUUCUGCGCAACAGUACAAUCAAUGUCACAGAUAUAUCUCUGGAAGGUCAGGUGUACCUUAUGCAGUAUAUAGCAUCUGAUUGCUAUAAUGAAAACGGAAAUUUAUCGUACAAAUUUUUACCAUGGAUGAGAUUAUCUAAACGCUUUACCUUCAACAGUACAGCUAAUAAAUUCAUUGUCGUUGGCUGUGAUGCCUACGGUAUAGUUUAUGGUUUUGGUCAACACCGGAGCUACGCAACUGGAUGUGUCCCUUCCUGUUAUUAUAAGGAAGAUGUAAUUGAUGGCUCUUGUUCUGGCAUCGGUUGCUGCCGGACAGAUAUCCCACCAGGGGCAUGGAAUAUUACUGUGAACUUGACCAGUCUUAAUAACCACACCAAGGUGUGGGAUUUCAAUCCUUGCAGCUACGCUUUUGUGGUCGAAGAGAAGGCUUUCAAUUUUUCUGCAGAUAACCUCACCAACUUGAGCGUUGAUUUAAGUCUUCCCGUCGUGGCCGAUUGGACCAUUGAGGACGGGUCAUGUGAAGUUGCCCAAAGAAACACGACCUCUUAUGCAUGCUCUGGUAAAAACAGUCACUGUUACGAACCUUUUAAGGGGUUGGGGUACCGUUGUUCUUGCGAUCAAGGAUACGAAGGCAACCCAUAUCUCCCUGAUGGUUGCCAAGAUAUUGAUGAAUGUCAAAAAGAAGAGACCAAUAAUUGCAAAUUCGGAGAACUUUGCAUAAACGUCGAAGGAGGCUACAAUUGCUCUUGCACGAAGGGGUACCUUAAGAAAGAUGAUGGAAAAGGGGGUGAAGGUUGCACUAAGAAAAGCCAUCAAGCACUUGUGGCUGGUAUUCUUGCAGGUGUUGCUGUGGGCACUAUGGUUCUGCUAGUGGUCUGUUCUUGGUGCUUGUACGUGUCCAAGAAAAGAAAGAUGAUGUGGUUGAAGGAAAAAUUCUUUCGAGAAAAUGGAGGGCUACUCCUACAAAAGCGACUCAACGGACAAGAAGAAUCCUCAAAUAGCCCAAGAAUUUUCAGUGCCAGAGAUCUUGAGAAGGCAACAAACAACUUCCAUGAAGGUAACAUUAUUGGUCAAGGAGGUUUUGGGAUAGUCUACAAAGGUCGUCUAAUAGACAACAAAGAAGUCGCUAUCAAGAAGUCAAAAACAGUUGAUCCCAACCAAAUUGAGCAAUUCAUCAAUGAGGUUGUGAUUCUGUCACAAAUUAACCACAAAAAUGUAGUUAAGCUCUUUGGUUGUUGUCUCGAGACAGAGGUACCUUUACUCGUUUAUGAAUUUAUCAACAAUGACACUCUUUUUAACCAUUUACACAACAAGAAGCGGGCACGUGAAAUUAGUUGGGACAUCCGACUGAAAAUAGGUGCAGAAACUGCAGAAGCCCUCUCAUAUUUGCACUCCGCUGCUUCACCUCCCAUCAUCCAUAGGGACAUAAAGACCACGAACAUACUUCUGGACGAGGAAUUUACAGCAAAAGUAUCCGAUUUCGGUGCUUCAAGAGUGGGCCUUCUUGAUCAAGAUCAACUAUCUACAGUGGUGCAAGGAACUCGAGGAUAUCUGGACCCUGAAUUCUUCCAAACAUUUCAGUUGACAGAGAAAAGUGAUGUUUAUAGCUUUGGAGUCGUUCUUGUGGAGCUACUAACAGGGAAAAAGCCCGUAUGCUUCAAUAGAUCAGAGGGUGAGAUAAGUUUAAGCAAUCAUUUCCUUUCUUCGAUGAAAGAAAAUCGACUGUUUCAAAUUCUUGAAGAUUCUGUCGCGUCUGAUGAGAAUAUUGACCAAUUGAGACAAGUUGCUGUGCUUGCCGAACGAUGCCUAAAUGUAAAAGGCGCCGACAGGCCUUCCAUGAAAGAAGUAGCAAUGGAACUGGUAGGGUUGCGAAUCACAUCAAAGCAUACUAGGACUCAAGGUUCUCAAGCUUUAAACCAAGAAGAGAUUGAGCCCCUGAUUGAUCAUCAAGAACAAUCCAAUCCCUCCGGUGGCGGUGAUAUUAUGUUGACAACGACAUAUUAUAGCCUCCCAAAUCAAGAAAUACAGCCAAUUGCCCAUGGGAGAUGAUCAUUUGAUUCUGCGGUCAUGGGAAGGACUGGAUUGCAUUUUUACGUCAUCCUUACUUGUGUUUUUGAUAUUACUAGUGAUUAUGUUGUCACGAUAUGUUAACAUUUUUUUAACGCUAAAGUUCGCAAUUAUAUUUUGGGCAAAUUCUACUUUA